AUGAACGGUGACACAUUUCACGAAUGGUUUAAAAAUAUUUUACCAUCAUUAGAUGAUAAUGCUGUUAUUGUCAUGGACAAUGCUCCAUAUCAUUCUGUGAAAUUGGAAAAACUGCCGAAUACUUCUUGGAAAAAAGCCGAAAUAAUACAAUGGUUAGAAAAUAAAGGAAAUGAAAUAUCAGAAUCUAUGGUAAAGGUCGAACUCCUGCAAAUUGUUGCACAACAAAAAAAUAAAUUUGAUAAAUAUGUUGUAGACGAAAUGGCAAAAGAAGACAACAAAACGAUUCUCAGAUUACCUCCGUACCAUUGCGAACUUAAUCCGAUUGAAAUUGUAUGGUCAAUGGUUAAGGGAUAUGUUAAGAGUAAAAAUAAUACUUUUAAAAUUCAGGACGUCAAAUUAUUACUUGAACAAGGUGUUGAUCGGGUAACAGCUGAACAUUGGACUAAUUUUAUUAAACACGUUACAAAUGAAGAGAAAAAGAUGUGGGAGAUCGACCAUAUAACCGAUAAAAUGAUUGACGGGAUAUCUCCAUUAAUAAUUAAUGUCACAGGCAAAACAGAUUCAGAAACCUCUGAUAGCGAUUAUUAA